AGAUAUUGCUAAUGCCAUAUAUAUGAAAGCGAAAAAAAUAUAAAAAAAGAUGCUGUUUAAACAUGGUUCCAAUUUUGUCUUAUACGUUGUCUGAAAACGUUUGUUGAAACCAAUCCGGUUCUGCCAGCAUUAAUGUGCAUGGCUGCCAAAUGUGGGGUGCAUUACAUGGCAGUCAAGUCCAUCUCUUCUUUUUACCAUUUUCUCUCUCAAGCUUUCACUUUCACUCACCAGACUUUGAGGGGACAUAAACUGAGAGAGAUAAAAAUGGCUGAUAACAAUUCAGCAAAUCAAACAUCUUCAGCUGAAAUGGUAGAAUGUAACCAAGAUCUUUUAACACAGAUUCUCUUGCAUUUCCCUGUUAAAUCUCUUCUCAAGUCCAGAUGUGUCUCCAAAAGAUGGCUUUCUCUCAUUUCUGAUCCUCAAUUUGCUGCUAAAAUCAGCCAUUUGAACGUCAACCUUGGUCCCUCUGGUCUCUACUUCUAUGGCAGCCCAUUUGGUUUCCUUAACUUUGACACAAAUCACAACAUGCUUAAGGUACCAUCUCUGUCAUUUCUCAAUGUUACAGGCAUUGAAAUUUUGCAGUCAUGCAAUGGCUUGCUGUUGCUUCUCUGCAGUUUUAGUUCAGACAAUGAUUCUGGUUUUACUUACUGUGUUUGUAAUCCCACCACCAAGAACUUUGUCACUGUUCCUUUACCUAAUGCAACUGCAAACAGGUCCAUAGCCGGUAUUAAUUUAGCUUUUGAUCCUUCAAAAUCCACCCAUUAUAAAGUCAUCUGUGUCUUGAUGAAUAACAUGCAAUACCCAAAUCUCAAUGAGAUUGAACACCUUGUUUCUCCUACAUAUCAGAUUGAGAUCUUUUCAUCAGAAAAUAAAGCUUGGACUGACUCUGGUGGUCCAUUCGAAGCACCACAUUAUACAGACUUCGAGCACGGGGUGUUUUGCAACGGUGCAAUCCAUUGGCUUAGCCCCACUGACGUUUCCCUUUACUUUGAUGUCGAAACUGAAAGCCUGAAAACAAUGGCAAUGCCAAGGAUUAAGACAGGAGGACCAUCUGGUUACUGGAGCUCUCAAAGGUUCCCCUAUUUUGGACAGUGUGCUGGCUGUUUACACCUUAUUGAAGUUGACUCCAUAAGCAAACCAAGGUUCCAUAUACUGGAAAUGAAACCUGAUCACUCCCAUUGGUGUGAUAAAUACAGUGUUAAUCUCAACAAUGUGGCAUCUGAGUUCCCAGAGAUUGCUAGAAGGUAUAUGGAUGAGUUUCCUACUUUAGCACUGAAUAAUGUGGAGGAGAUUGAAGUUCAGUAUUAUGCAUAUUCAAUACUAAGUGUUGUGAUAGGGGAAAAAGAUGAAGACGUUGAAGUGGUGAUGGUGAUACCAGGUAAAAUCAUAUCCCACAAUCCCAGGCUAAACACUUCUAAGUUAUUGUCAAGCUGGAGGGCUAGCAAUGUUUAUGAUUGUAUGCAAUAUAAAUGGUACAAUGUUUUUCACUAUGUAGAAAGCCUUGCUACUCUCUGAACACACAUCAUUUUCCUUCAGAGCUUGUAAAUGGUAGACCUGCUUUUUGAAGAUAUAAAAGCGUUUUUACUUUGUGGUACAACAGAGAUGCAUGAUCUGAAAAUGGGAAUUUCCAGCUCUAUGAAAUGCAAUCUAUUGACAAGGCUAUUUAGAAGGAUGGAUUUGUAAAUGCACUUUUGUUCAAAAUGCUCCCAGCCAAAGAAAAUUUGUGAAAAGCUAUUCUGUUAUAUUCUUUCAGCCAAAUCAGCUGAAUCUUGAUGUCAACAAUGGCUAGACAUUGUGAUUAGUUCAAAUCCAUGGCAAUGCGAAGUAAUAUAUAAUGUGAUAGAUUCCCUAGUACAGGUCAAAGGAAUGUUACUUACAGUUGCUCUCACCUCACUGUUUGAAAUGGCCAUUUGCUUACUCUUGUGAUUUCAGAUAUGUUACUCUAAUAUCCUGUAAAUAUCCAAUAUGAAUAUGCUCACUUUCAUCAUAA